CGACGCCCCGGUGCUUUCCUGAACAGCCUAUUGAUCGCCCGCCCAAACCCAGUUUCCGAUUCGAUCUUGAGCAGCAUUCAGUAGACUUGGCAGAGUCCGCCCGACCCGGUAAACUUCUCACGGCGCCACUGUCAAUACCACACUGGCUGCAACCACUCGCUGCAGAAUCAAAAGCUUGCUCUAGGCUCUGAUUGAAACUGAAGUUUAGAUCACUACCUUAGGAGGAAUCCUGUCGAUAGUCUGCUUGUACGAUAUCAAUAUGGCAGCAGCACCAAUUACAUCAGCUCAGCUAGGACAAGAUGUCAUAAACCGGCUUGUCAACAGUCCCACCAAUCCAAGCAACUGUACUUGCGGUUGGUAUAUAUACUACUCGAACGUCUGCGGUCAUCCUUACCAGGAUGUGCCGCACCGAUGUGGCAGGACGACUGUUCCAACUGGUAAAUCUGGUUUCUGCAAGUCUCCGGCACCACGACACAUCGUCCAGGCACCGCAGGUCGCCGCCCAGUGCCGACUCUGCUGAUGUCCAAUAUUCUGUAUUUCUUGCUACACCUGAGACAUUCAAACAGAUGCGCACGAAAGAGGGCAGAGUUUGGAGAGGAGAAAGGGUAGUAUCCUUCUUUGUGAGCUUGGUGAGCGGCGAGGCUUUCUUCGGGCAACAUCCUGAAGCAGAAAUGAUUUCAAAAGCGCAUACGCCCUAGUUGGGCUAGCGCUGGAUCUGUGAAGGUACUACGGGUGCAGAGAGAUUUGUGACGACAUAAAUCCUGCACAGCCCUUUGGUAGAGAUUGGCAAAUAUUAGAAAGCUUUCCACAUCCUCAA